AUGAAUGAGAAAAAUAUUGAAGAAAUUAAAAAUAUUCCAUUUGACAAUAUGGUUCUUGAUGCAGAAGAAGUUAUUGCAAGAAGUGAAAAAGGACUUCCAGUUUAUACUGAACAACCUGUUCAAGUGUCUUCUGAUGAAUUAAGAGGUACAAGUCGAUACAAAAAAUUGGGAAUUUUGUUAGGCGAAGGAGGAUUUAAAAAAGUGUACAAAGCUGUUGACCAAAUAGAAGGCAAAGAAGUUGCAUGGAACGAAGUUAAAAUUUCACAGAAUGAAUACGAAAACAAAGAAAAUAAUAAUUUUAGCAAAGAAAUUUUAUUGCUUAAAAAAAUUAAGCAUCCUUCAAUUUUAGCGAUUUUAGACUAUUGGUUUUCAAAAGACAAUUUUAUUUUCAUUACUGAGAUUAUGUCUGGAGGGACACUAAGAGAAUAUAUUGGGAAAAUAGGAGAAGUAAAUAUUAAAAUUAUUAAGAAAUGGGCUAAACAGAUUUUAGAAGGGUUAAAUUAUUUACAUUCACAAAAUCCACCAGUGAUACACAGAGAUAUUAAAUGUGAGAAUAUUUUUGUUGAUUCUUCGAAUGGAGAAGUAAAGAUUGGUGAUCUUGGUGUUGCGAAAGAAAGACGACUUAAGAGAUACACUGUGGUAGGUACACCACAAUUUAUGGCUAGAGAAAUGUUUGAAGGUGAUGGAUACAAUGAAAAAGUAGAUAUUUAUGCAUUUGGAAUGUGUCUUAUAGAAAUGGCUACAGGAGGAUAUCCUUACAAGGAAUGUGAUGAUUCUACAGAUGUUUACAGAUAUAUUUUACAAGGUGUUCCUCCCGCAGCACUUUACAAUAUUAAGGAUCCUUGUUUAAAAAAUCUUAUUUUAAGAUGUCUUGUACUGGAAAAAGACAGACUGGAUGCCCGCACUGCCUUGUGUCAUCAUUUUCUUGAUUUAAGUUUUGAAUGUUCAGGAGAUUGCAUACCCAAAGAAUCAAUUUUGGUAAAACCGCUUACUGAACCUGGCAAUGAUAUGGAAAUUUCAUUGUUAGGUUAUGAAGGAGACGUAAUAACUUUUCAGCUCUUUUUUAUGUGUGAGGCUAAAUUUAUUAAAUUCGAUUAUAAUAUAAAAGAAGACACUGUUAAAAAUUUGGCACGUGAAAUGUUAGAAGAAAAUGUGGUAGAUUACACUAAAAAAGAUGUUUUAUUAAAUAUGCUUACUCGUGGAGUAGAGCGUGCCAUACAGCGAAAAGAAAAUGAAUCUAAAGAAGUCGAAUUUCAAAUGCAAAUGAAUGUGAAUUCUGUAGAAUUGGAACUUAGUAAUUUAAAGGUCAUUGAUGAAGAAUCUUCACUUAUUGAAGAUUCUUUAAAAAUGCCUUGCAAUAUUAAAGAUUCUGUAGAUGUUACGAAUAAAUUGAUUUCUUCCGAUCUCCUUGUUGACGAGGUCAUUGCAGCUAAAGAAACGCCCUCUUCACAAAAUGUUUCAACUGCUGAGGAAUUGACAUGUAAAACUAUGGUUUAUCCAAACAAGAAAUAUGAAGUAAAUGUUUUUAUUGAAGAAUUUGCAAGUGAUGUGGCUGAAAUUACUCGUAGAUCGCAAGAGUCUGCAAAUAAUUGGAUAAAGAUUCUUAGAAGUAAUGAUAUUUUUAAUACCACUGAUCUUAAAGUUUUGGUAGAUGAAGAUUGGGAUAAGUUAGGACUUUCUGUUUUUAUUACUAGAGCUAUGAAGAAUAUGUUGUACGGACUUGAUCAACAUCCUCUUAAAGAGAAGCAUUUACCUGACAAUGCUAACAUUAAACUUUACGAUGCGGAUGUUACGAUUUGUGACUUUUUAAAAGAAAUUACUGAAAUGUGUAAUAAAAAGGAAUGUUUGUCUGUUUGGGAGAAUAAAUUAUUAGCACAAGAUAUUCGGACUGUCGAAGAACUUAAAUCUCUUCAUCAAGAAGAUUGGGACAGACUAGGAUUAUCAAUAUUUUCUUAUAGAGUGAUGAAGAAUAUAAUAUUUAGAAAAGGGAAAAUAAUGUAA